UAACACCAAUCUACGUACAUGGAAGACGUGAAUCUCAGUUUUGACUCCAAUUUCCAAUUCUAAUCCUAAUCCUAACAAUAAUACGAUCCUUAUUUCUCGAAUCCAUUCAAAGAAUAACGAAAAACAACAUAAACACAAACACAAGACACAAACAUCGUACAACAAUGUCAACGACAACAACAACGGAAUCGAAGAUGCACGACGCUGCACGGAACCGUUUAUCCACCCUCACAGCUCACUUGCUUCCUUCCUCCACCACCUCCUCCGCCGCACUCCUCCAUCCUCUCCACCUCUCCGCUUCCUCUGGGAUCUCUCCACCGUCCAAUGUCAAAGGAACGCUCACCGUUGUUGAUGAACGUACUGGGAAGAAGUAUAGUAUUGAAGUCUCUCCUGAUGGCACCGUCAAAGCCAAUGAUUUCAAGAAGAUAUCAACUGGGAAGAAUGACAAGGGACUCAAACUUUAUGACCCUGGAUAUUUAAACACUGCUCCUGUGCGAUCAACAAUUUCUUAUAUUGAUGGUGAUGAGGGAAUCCUUAGAUAUAGAGGAUACCCCAUUGAGGAGUUGGCCGAGAAAAGCACCUUUCCGGAAGUGUCAUAUCUCAUAUUGUAUGGAAAUUUGCCUUCUGCAAGUCAGUUACAAGAAUGGGAGUUUGCUAUAUCUCAACACUCAGCUUUACCACAGGGUGUUUUGGAUCUCAUACAAGCUAUGCCUCAAGAUGCACAUCCUAUGGGUGUACUUGUUAAUGCUCUGAGUGCUUUAUCUGUUUUUCAUCCCGAUGCAAAUCCUGCUCUCAGAGGACUUGAUAUCUACAACUCAAAGCAAGUGAGAGACAAGCAAAUAGUGCGGAUUAUCGGAAAGAUAACAACAAUUGCUGCUGCGAUUAAUCUUAGAUUGGGAGGAAGGCCACCUGUUCUUCCAUCCAACAAACUUUCUUACACAGAGAACUUCCUUUACAUGCUUGAUUCUCUUGGCAAUCGGUCAUAUAAACCUAAUCCUCGUCUAACUCGUGCACUGGACAUCAUCUUCAUCCUGCAUGCAGAACAUGAAAUGAAUUGCUCUACAUCUGCUGUACGCCACCUUGCAUCAAGUGGUGUUGAUGUAUACACUGCUAUUGCUGGCGGUGUUGGAGCUCUAUAUGGACCUCUUCAUGGUGGAGCUAACGAGGCUGUCCUCAAAAUGCUGAGUGAAAUUGGAAGUGUUGAUAACAUUCCAGAGUUCAUUGAAGGUGUUAAAGCCAGGAAACGAAAGCUCAGUGGUUUUGGACACCGUGUCUACAAAAACUACGAUCCUAGAGCAAAGGUCUUAAAAAAAUUGACCGAGGAAGUGUUUUCUAUUGUUGGCCGGGAUCCUUUGAUUGAGGUUGCUGUUGCCUUGGAGAAGAUUGCUCUGUCUGAUGAGUAUUUUGUCAAGAGGAAGCUAUAUCCAAAUGUUGACUUCUACUCUGGAUUAAUAUAUAGGGCUAUGGGAUUUCCACCCGAAUUUUUCACUAUUUUAUUUGCUAUCCCUCGUAUGGCUGGAUACUUGGCACAUUGGCGGGAGUCCUUGGAUGAUCCGGAUACAAAGAUUAUGAGACCUCAACAGGUAUAUGUUGGGGAAUGGCUGCGCCAUUAUGCUCCAACCAAAGAAAGAACUGUACCGAGUGGAAGUAACACCGACAAGCUUGGCCAGUUAUCUGUAUCGAAUGCUUCAAAGAGGCGGCUUGCUGGAUCUGGGAUAUAACCUUAUAGACUCAAGAUAUAAUGAAUAAUUAUGAACAAAGUUCAGAGAUAAAGAAGUGGCAAGGAGUUUUUAUGAAGUAGCAUGUCACUGCAUAAAUAAUGUAAGCUGGUGUCAUUACCUUCUAGCAGAAUGAUCAUAGUGGAGGAUUUGCAGUUCCAAGCUGGAGCCUUCAACUAUGCAAGUAGUACAUGUGCCAGAAGUUCUAUAGAAAAUUUUAGUCGUUUCGAACGUAACAUUUACGAAAUAAAAAACUAGUAUUUGUGAGUGUGUUUGUGUGAUAAAUUUGCUGAUUGCUGAUUCACACUUCAAAGAAUAAAAUUUUCUUACUGAUAAAGUUGUAGAUAUAUGUUUGCAAAUUUUCAUCCUAAAUCCUAAUGGCACAUUUUCAUGCAUAUGAAACAUGAAGUGACCACUGGACUUGAAUGUAAAAUUUAUGUUGGCUAUAGAGGGAUAUGAGCUGCUGAAAAAUAUAAAACACAAUUAUUUGAA